GCCAAACUGCGUCAUUUCCGGUACGAGACGGGCACAUUUCCUUUGCAUGUUCGAUCGGCUUCGCUACGUAAUAUACGAGGUGUGGAUGUGAUUUGAGUGUAUUUAACAAACUAAAAGGUUGACGGAAGGAUAAUAAUGGCUGAAGCCAUUCAGAAGAAACUGCAGUCCGAGCUGGAAAAAUAUCAACAGCUACAGAAAGAUGUAAGUAAAAGCAUGUCAGCCAGACAAAAAUUAGAAGCCCAGCUGACAGAGAACAACAUUGUGAAAGAGGAACUGAAUCAGCUGGAUAGCGAGAACACUGUGUACAAGCUCAUGGGUCCGGUGCUGGUGAAGCAGGACUUGGAGGAAGCCAAGGCAACGGUUUCUAAGAGACUGGAGUACAUCAAUGGAGAGAUCCAGCGCUAUGAGACCCUGCUGAAGGACCUGGAGCGCAAGUCCGAUCAGCACCGGGAAGUUCUGACGAGCCUGCAGCAGGAGUACCAGCGGGCCCAGGGCCGAGCGGCAGGGAGGUUUAGGUGUGGGGGGGUGCGGAGAGAGGGAUGCAAAGCCCGGUAAAGUCAAAAUUAGCAGAGGAAGGGGGGGUCAGACUGAUGGAGUGGGAGGGGGGAUUAAUCAUUGUUUUGUUCACUGCGGCUAAUUUUCAUCAAACUGCAUGACCUGCUGCUUCAAAUAAUAAA